GUCCAUUCCUGCUGCAUCGAGGGUGCGCCGUUCACACAAACACAGUAAAUCGCGCUCGCGCCAGAAUUAAACAUCAAACUGAUCACUGCUGAGUCUAGCUGUAGCCUAUAUUUAGGAGGUGAUGACGUCACGCAGCGGCUGUAACCCGUGUCUGAAGCUCGGCCCGCGCUGGCGCUGCUGAAGGUGUGCUGGUUUGCUCCGAGGAAAGAUGGCGGCGAGCGGAUCGUGAUCAGAUUAUCACCCCGCUGCUCGAAACCUCCGCGUCUCGGUGUUUAACGGCGAGAGUUCGGUGCGUGGCCGUGUGUGUGUCGAUCUCUGAGGGAUGUCGGACUCCGAAGAGGAGAUCCAGGAGCGGCAGCUGAAGAUCGUGCUGCUGGGAGACGGAGCGUCGGGAAAGACUUCUCUGGCCAUCCGCUUUGCACAAGAGGCUUUUGGGAAACUCUCACUAAUGAUGUUUUCUGCUGUGCUCAACUCGACUGAAAUCAUCUGUAAUCGUGUUUUCACUCGUGUUGAAGGAAACCUGAAUGUGACGCUGCAGGUGUGGGACAUCGGAGGACAGACUAUUGGAGGAAAAAUGCUUGACAAAUACAUCUACGGAGCACAGGGCGUGCUCCUGGUGUAUGACAUCACUAAUUCUCAGAGUUUUGAGAAUCUUGAAGAUUGGCUGAACAUGGUGAGAAAAGCCAACGAAGAGUCCGACACACAGCCGGCGAUAUCACUGAUCGGAAACAAGAUUGAUCUGGAGCACAUGCGGACAGUGAAGAUGGAGAAACAUCAGCGAUUCUGUCAGGAAAACGGACUCAUCAGUCAGUUUGUGUCUGCAAAGACAGGAGACUCUGUGUUUCUGUGUUUCCAGAGGCUGGCGGCUGAGGUUUUAGGGAUAAAGCUGAAUAAGGCUGAGAUGGAGCAGUCGCAGCAUAUUGUCAAAGCGGAGUUGGUGGACUAUCCUCAGGAUGAGGGACCAAUCAGACAAGAGACCAAUCAGAGCAAGAUCUGCUCUGUCCAAUAACACACGUGGUUAAAGCAGAUAUAGUGAACUACAGUCAGGAGUGUGUGGCUCGAGCCGUCAACCCUCCGCGCAGCUCCAUGUGUGUCAUACAGUGAUCAUCGUCUGUGUCUCGCUCCCGGCUGAUGCAGACACACUCUGAACU